UCCUGCGGAAUUCCCGGAUUUUUUUUCUUCUUUUUCACAGGUUUGCGCACCAAAUUGGAAGAAUGUUAUUAGCAAACAUUACUACGCGAAUGGAAUUUGCUAUUACACAGUUGCUAAUAAUUCACGAGCAUUUGAAAGAACUGUGGAUUCGAUAAUUAAUGUUUUUGCUGGUCGCUAUGAUCAAAUAGCGUACGAUGGGCGGGGUGAGGCGUACAAUCUGCGAGCAAUGGGGAUGCUGGGAUUUUCGGUGCACGAAUUUACCGAUGAGCAUGACAAGCAUUGUGUUUUAACAGGGGCCCCUGGGUAUCACGAGUCGGCGGGGAAUGUUGUCUUAUUUUCUAAGAACGAAAAGGGGAGGACUGACUCGGUUGUGCCUAGGGAUGUGGACGGAGCUGGGGGGUCUAUCAUUGGGUACAGUGUGACGUCCGGCUUCUACUUCGACGCAAAUCGAAAAGAGAGAUGGUACGUUGCAUCGGCCCCUCGAACGAAGGACGUCACGGGAUCAGUGUUAAUGUUCAAGUUCAAUGGGAGCCAGUCUGUGAAAAAACCUAUGAUAAUCAGAGGGCGUCAGGUAGGAGAGUACUUCGGCGCCUCAGUGACCUCCUGCGACGUUGAUAACGAUGGGAGAGAUGAUCUGAUCGUUGGAGCUCCAUCGUGGAGCCUGAGUGGAGACGAGGGUCGGAUUUAUAUGAUUUCAGCGAGAAGAAAUUCAAAUGGGUUUGACACGACUUGGAUCGAUGGAAAAUUCGAGGGAGCUCGAUUUGGAUCAAGCGUUGUCUGUCUAGGUGACCUGGAUCACGAUGGCUAUGGAGAUGUUGCUGUUGGGGCACCGUACGAGGAUAAAUCCGGUGCUGUUUAUAUUUUCAACGGUGGUCGUUACGGAUUAUCUAGAGAGCCAAGUCAAAAGAUCCUUGGCAAGGAUUUUGGGGGGCUGAGUGGCUUUGGAAUCGCCAUUUCAGAACCCAGGGAUGUCGAUGGAAAUGGCUAUCCUGAUGUUGCUGUUGGAGCUUACAGAUCUGGCCACACUGUGCUCUUUCGAGCUCAACCAGUCGUUAAAGUGAAUAUUAGUCUGAAUUACGUCGACUCUGCGAGGCUCAACAGUAACACUACCAAGUUUUCUGUUAGAUUCUGUGGAUAUUACGAUGGACACAGAGCACCUGAGACUCUGAGGGUGAUGACAACAUUCAGAGUGGAGGAGACACACCAUCUGGCGAGGCUUGCUACACACUCGAGCAGCAAUGGAACUUAUGAGCUCGAAGAUUUCCUCUACAACAGCAGAAAACUCUGCAGCGACAUUCCAGUAGUUUUGGACAGGGGAACUAAAACUGAACCACUCGACAUUUCCGUGUCCCUGAGGCUGUUGAAUGAGGACCCGGCUUUUGCCUUCUGCAUGAGGUGUCCCAGGAUCAAUGGAAAAACCUCGAUAACCGAAGCUUCCCUGCGACUCAAUUUCGAUCACGAUUGUGGUCCCGACAACAUUUGUCACUCCAAUCUAACGUCAAGGAUCUCAACUUCUCUUGGAGACGGCAACAAGUACAUUAUGGGAAAGGAGAAGACAGUGAAGGUCUCGAUAGACGUCAGGAAUUACGGAGAACCUGCUUACGAGGCCGAGGCACACGUGCUCCUGCCCGAAUUUAUCGCUCUGUCGAGUGUACCUUCCGCUCCUUUUUCUGACUGCAAGGAGACACCAGUGGUCAAUGGAUCUGUCGAGGUGGUUUGUGCACUGGGAAAUCCAUUUCGACAGCAGACUACUCUAACACUGGAAUUAGACAUGAGUCAACUCAAGACUGAGUCAGAACUGUACGGAGACUCAAUGCACGUGCCCAUUAGUCUCUCAACUGAGAGCAUAAAUGAUAACGAUCAGAAUGGAAUUAAUAAUCUGAUUAUUUAUCUGGUUAUCGACAGCGCCCUCAACAUUACAGGACAAGCGAAGGAGAGUUCUUACUCGUACUUUAGCAUCUCGGAGGAGAGCAACAUCGAGAUUAUCCAGUUCAAUCACAAUUAUGGAGUCCAAAAACUGGGAAUAACUCCGAUUCAACAAGCUGUUCUGAUUGUCCUCGUGCCCACGCACUUGAGAAAAUCAAAAAAUGAAGUAAUCGAAAUAGCGAGGAUAAACGCAACAACAUUGAAGUACUUUGAUUCAACAAAUCGAAAUGACAAUGACUACGUUUGCAAAACCGAAAGAAUUGGAGUGAAUGAGAAGAAAAUUAUUGCGAGGGAGUCGAAUAAUUUCACACAGUCUGUAGACACUUCUUUGAGGAAUCGUGCGUUAUUUCUCAACUGCGAUAAUGAUGCAAUUGAUUGUGUUAAUGUCACGUGUCUCAUGGACGUGCCAAGAGAAUCUGUUAAUUCCUCUGUAAUCGCAGAAUUGAAAUUAACGAUUGAUUUGUUGUUGAAAGACGUCACUGAUGAUUUAACGACUUCGAAAGACAUUAUAUAUUUCGUAUCAAACGGAUCAGUGAUGAUUACUCACCCAUCGCGAGCUAGUGAAGCGUCUGGAGUGAGGGCAAAAUCAACCCUCGUUGGCACUAAAUUCCUGGGCACACCUGUAGCAGCUCCAGUAGCCAGCUGGGUAAUUGCUGUCUCUGUUGUCGUUGGAAUUGUUCUGCUGGCACUUGUGAUAUUCGCUCUUGUCAAACUGGGAUUCUUCAGGAGAAGACAGAAAGAGGCGUUGGAGGCACUGAUGGCUGAUUCAGACAGAAAGGAAGGCAUAGUCAUAGAAACUACGUCAUCAAAGGAGUGUCUAGAUCAAGAUUAAACAUCACGAACAUUUUUUUCUUUCAGAACAAUUAAUCCUUCACGAAGUAAUUGUCAAUUUAUUUCUCUCGUUGUGCCAUAUUUUCAACUUUCUCCUCGGACUUCUUUACAGCAUAUAAUUAUUUUGAAUAAACUAUGUCAGGAAACAA